UCUCUUCUAUUGUGUAUUCUCCCACACUGUCACUCUGUGUUGUUGUUUUGUUUCCCUAUCCACUUUACAAAGCACCAGUUUCUGUUCUACCAGUUGUUUUCUCCAAAUUGUUUGUCAAUGGAAUGUGAUGAUGGGCAUGGCCGAAGUGUAAGUUUGAAGAGAAAGUCACCAGAUAAUGGAGAUAAUCUACUCUUCAACAGUUUUUCUCUAGAUGACCUUAAUGAAGAUCUCUUCGAGAGGAUACUUUCUUGGCUUCCAACUUCCACAUUCUUUCGCCUUACUUCUGUGUGUAAAAGAUGGAAAUCAGUUGCUGCUUCUUCCAGUUUCAAGCUAGCAUGCUCUCGUGUUCCUUCACGGGAUCCUUGGUUUUUUAUGGUUGCUCCUAAUCUCAACCAAUCUGUUAUCUUUGACUCUGCUGAAAGAACUUGGAAAAGGCUCAAUCACCCUUCUCUUCUGCAUGAAGAAUCUAACCGAAGUUGCAUGCCGGUUGCAUCCUCUGGUGGCUUGAUUUGCUACCGUAAAUUAUCAGGGAACUUCAUUGUAAGCAAUCCAGUGACAGGAUCUUGUAGUGAACUCCCUUCACUCCAUUUUGCCCCACAACAUCAACCUCUCAAUGCCAUUGUGAUGAGCACAACUUCCAAAGACCAACUCUCCUUCAAAAUUGUGUUAGUCUUUGGAGAACUUCCAAAUCUUAUGUUUAAGGUCUACAAUUCAAUUUCUGGCUGUUGGGAAGAUGAGACUGCAAUGAGGAGAAAGGUUGAUGAUAAUUCCAUGGAAUAUGAUUCAACUGAUGACAAUGUUGUAUACUUCCUUAGCAAAGCUGGAACUGUGGUGGCAAGCAACAUGCAGAGAAGCCCAUCUAAGCAAUAUUCAUCAGUUAUUACUAAAAAAGAUGGCAAGGAGUUUGUCCAUUUUCUUAGCUCCUCAGGGACAGUAGUAGCUUGCAAUUUGACAUGCAAGUGCUUCUUUGAGUACCCCAGGUUAUUGCCUGUUUUCAGUGAGUAUUCCAUUGAUGUUGUGGAGUGUAAUGGGGAGAUGCUAGUUGUUUUGUUAUCAGAAUUCUUGGAAACAGCAACUCUUAGGGUGUGGAAAUAUGAUGAGGCUAAUAGAGGCUGGCACCAGAUUGCAGCAAUGCCUGCAGCAAAUUCUCAUGAGUGGUUUGGAAAAAAGGCAGAUAUUAACUGUGUUGGGGCUGCCAACCAGAUCUUUAUAUGCUUGAACUCCCCUGAGUUAUGUACUUAUGUUCUGUGUGAUUUGGAGACCAACAAUUGGGUUGAAUUGCCAAACUGUUGCAUAAAUGGCCAAGUCAUAGAUUUCAUGUCUGCCUUUUCAUUUGAGCCUAGGAUAGAGGCUUCUGUGUGACAGCAAAAUGGCAGGGCCUGGUAUCUUGACUUUGAUUACCAUCCCUUCUAUGU